AUGUUACGUGUGAUGGGGGAGUACAAACCGAAGAUUGAAGUACAAUUUCCAGAAACAACAUUUGCCCUGAAGGGCUCAUCUGUUAAACUGGAAACUUUGACCUCAGAAAGUAAGAUUUUUUUGAUUUUAUUAAAAUUCGGGUCCUAA